AGAGAAGAGACAAGGUCACAACACGGUGUUAUUAAAAAGAGAGAGAGAACAGACAGUCUGGUUUGUCCUCCAUCAGCCACUGCAGAGGAAAAUGACGAAUCAGAGCUCUGUGGUCCUCCCUCAACCCUCCCUUUUCUCCCUCCGUCUCCCUGUAUCUCUCUCAGUUCCUCUCACAACGUGAUGCUCUGCGGUGCUCCACACUGAAGCUGCUGUCGUCAGCCAUUAGGUCCCCAAUCAAACAGGAGCUGACUGUAGUUGGAUGAGUGCCAUUCCAACAUGUUCAAGUCCCUGUUUGUCUGCGCAAUUCUGGGAGUGUUGGUGAUCUCAGUGAAGUGUAACUUGAUAUCAGUAUGCCUCGAUGACAAGAAACUGAGAGUAGACUGUCGGGUCCAGCCCAAGCCUAGCAAGAUCAACAGCUAUGAGUUCUCCUGGUCCUCUGGAUCCAAGGAGUUGGUCAUCAAUACCAAUGGGUCAGGUUCGGCAGCAGACCUGCAGUUCAAAGACAAAAGUCAGGUUGAGGCGCUGUUACCUCACGGAUACAGGAUGACAUUGCAGGGCUUCACAGACAAACUGCCACACAACACGACCUACAUGUGCAAAAUAUCUGGGGUGCCUGCCACAGUCACGCUGGAGAAUGCGAAACUCCUUCAGUGUUCAGCCGUCAGCAUGUUUCUGCAGAGCUCCUGCAUCUGGACCAUUUGUCUGCUUCUUUUCUUCUGCAACACUCAGACCUAAAAUCCUGUGUUGGCACGCCGUCAUAACCAUGCCUCAGCAUCCAGCCUCAUGCACAAACAUCUCCACAUACUUAAGGCAACAGAGCUAUGGGUCAGUCAGUUAUUCUUCUCCCAGCUGCAGUUUAUAUCAUGCAAAUAGAAGGAAAAUGUUCAAUAGAAGCAUGCAAACAAGUAUUUCCUAAAGACUCACACACUUAAGUAUGUAUAUAUGUAUG